GCCCGGGGUACAAUUUCGUUCAUUCAGUUAAAUAACUGCAGCCCGGUGCAAGUGUGGUCAGUGUCUAUAUGAGUGUGAGUGUAGGUCUGUGACAGCAACAUCAGGAGCCAAAAUUGAGCUCCUCCAGUGGCCCCAGGAGGCCUUGCUGGUGGUUACAGAUAGCCACACAUCCAAGCUGCCCUGAAUAUCAUCCACUAGCUCGGCUGCUGCUCUCCUUAAGGCUCAAGAUCAGAAUUGGAGGGCUUCUGGUGCAGCACCAGGCAGUCGCUCAGCAAGGAUGCCGGGCAGCAUCCGAAUCUCAGACAUUCAGCCACCGGUCACCGCACCACUCUUCUUGCAAGUUAAUGCAGGGAAAAAAGAGUACAGCGGAGACAUAGGGCAGCAUGGAUUCUCCCUUCCUGUUACAUCGAUUCGUGAUAGCAUGGUGAUGAUGCUGUACAAUGCAGACAAGGAAUUGGUAUCCAAGACAGAGGUGAAGACAAAGUUGAUUGUUGAGUUGGGAACCAUGGAUGCUGUUUUUACUCUUGAUAGUGGAGGGACAAUUAUUCUCCAGUUGCAGUUUUUUCUCAGCGAUGAAGGUCGCAAGCGCAUCCAAGAGAUGAGGAACUCUGUGAUGAAAAGAAAGCAGCAAGAGCUGCUUGGGAAUGGCGAUGAACUUUAUUUCCAAGGAGCUCUGUUUCUUACAAAUGGCUUUCAAAUUUUAUCAGAAGAUGGCCCACUGCCUAAAGAGCAUGCAGAAGAUAUCCCCGGCAUCCCAAGCAAAGAUGAUCUGAAAAAGAGGGUCGUCUUCUCCGAAACAAGUGUAGAUUCUGACAUGGUGGCUUCUAAGGACCCACCGUUGCAAAUUGGUGGUACUACUUCGAUGCUCGAAGGUCCCAUCGACGCCGAUUCCAAGAAAGGACAGGGUAAACCAAAGAGUAGAUCAAGCAGCGCGGUGAAGAAGAUGAUAAGUGCCUUCGAAAGCAGCUCCCCACAGGGUCUGCCUUCGGUGCCAAGGAUCAGAUCAGAGAGCUCGUUGGAAGAGAUGCCGUCGGUUUCUUGUUCAGAGACUUCCACCAACCCUUCACGCAAGCCUCCUACUCCUGGUGCAUCAGUGGACGCUCCAGGCCGCACCCAGACAGGUCCCAGGCCAGGGAAGCAAGCCAUGAUCAUUGGCAACAAGAAACCAAGCACAUCUUUUGGAAAGACCGGCCCGUUAAACACACAAGAAAGCCGGAGACGGAGCUCCAGGCAGAGCGCAGGAGCGAGCAACAUGAUUCGCCCGGAGAAGCGGUCAGCGGAAAAGCGUCGGCGUCGCUCCAUCGGCACCUACUCAUCGGAGCAGCAGGUGAACCCUUGUGGUGCGACGUCUAUCGUCACGUGGAUCAACCAUCCGCACGUCUGCAUCACCACUGCGAGCAGGCAGCUGAAAGGCAUUGUUGACGUCGAGCACCUGAAUUUCGUGGAGAACUUGGGACAGGGCGCAGGUGACGGCGCGGCGCGGUGUCCUGACGGUUCCCCGGUGCUGAAUGGGUGGUUGAUUAACCAGGGUGUGCGUGGUGUGAUAGUGAUCAUAGCCUGCGGAGCUGUGUUUUUCAACAACAGGUGAAGAAGAGGACGAGUGCAGCUGAUAACUUGUAACUAAUACGUAUCAGAAGCUGCGACCGAUGAGGCAUUGAGAUGCAGUGCAAUUUGUUUGUGUCAAUGGCUUGCUGUUGCUUCAUACUCCACCAUGAUGACUCGCAGUUCAUGUCAGAAGCUGCGAUGAGACGAGUGUAGAGUAUCAUAUGUGUAAAUCAUUCUGGGAUGAUGAUGAACUGUCGGGUUCUAGCGCGGCCUUCUGCCACCGCGUCCCUUUGGCCGUAUGCCGUGCUUUGGGAUGUCUGUCCAGUAUUUGGACUUUGUGGUCAGCCCGGAUGGUCCCGAGUCGCCUCGGUUGGUGCAAAAGACGGGGAGCUCUGAAACGAGGGAGGCUCACCACCACCAGACUGGACUGCUGCAGAAUAAUGAAGUUGUCACUGCUUGAUUGAUGGUUCCUCUCUGCUAAGAGAAUGGCUUGAUUGGACUCUUUAGUUAGUGCGAUUGUGUCGUACGUGUGCUACUGUUAUUACCAUCUUAUAAGUUAGUGAGAGGCCCAUCUCGAGCUGUUUUAUUUAUGUGGAUUCCUUGCUUUUGUUGCUCUAUGCUUCUUCGAGAUAAGGAUUUGGUUUGUCUCAAGCAAGAUGGUCAACUGAUUGAUUGAUUGACUCAUUCA